AAGUUCCAAGUUCAUAACUUCAUAUUGAUUUAUUCUAUGUAGUUGUGUGAUAUCUUGCUUAAUUAAUAACUAAAUGCUUAGUAAUUAAAUAAUUAUGGAUAUUACAAAUUUAUGUCGUAGUUGUAUGCGAGAAGUCGCAUCGUGGGAAAAAGAAAAUUUUAACGAUAGCGCUGUAGAAAUGUUCUGUUUUUGUACAAAUAUUAAGAUUACAGAUGACGAAAAGCUUCCUCGACAAUUUUGUUAUGACUGUAUUAUUAAAAUCGAAUCUUGCUACACAUUUGUAAAAGAAGCCCAGAACGUUGAUAUCACCCUCAAAAAUAUUGCAUCUAGAAGUGAAACAAGCAUUAUUAUUGAACCUGAGGCCUAUAAAACUGUUGAACCUGGGCCUAACAUACUGAGACUAACUUUACCAGAAUAUAAAUUAUCAAUUGGAAUAACAAAUUCUACCAGUUGUAAUAUAUUUGAUAAUUCUGAAAAUGAUAAUAUAAAUAAUAUUCCGGAAAUUCCAAACAACACUAUUCCAGCAAUAACAAAUUGUGAAGUAAUUGAUGAAAUGCCUGAUAAUAGUAAUAUUUAUGAAACAAAUCAAAAUACUGUAAGCGAAAAUAGUAAAGUAGUUGACGAGACAAAGAAGAUUGCUUGUCCAGUUUGUAGAAAAACUUUUGUCUCUCAGAAAUGGUUCAAUAAACACAUGGAGAAAGAACAUUCGGGAAACAAGUAUACAUGUGCACAUUGUCCAAGAUCAUUCUCCAAGCCAUUUCAACUAGCGUACCAUGCCACGUCACAUUCUGAUGAGAGGAAGUAUGCCUGUAACACAUGUGGCAAGAGAUUCAAAUACCGCAAGCAGCUGACCAUACACAACCGAGGACAUUCAGAUAUCAGGCCGUUUGCUUGUGAUAAAUGUACUAUGAGGUUCAAAAACAAGAGUGUACUGAAAUGUCACAUGAAAGUUCAUGAGAAUAUCAAGCAGUACCUCUGUUCCUACUGCGGCUGGGGCUUUUCUCAAGCAAACAACCUGCAAGUGCACCUCCGGACUCACACGGGUUCAAAGCCGCACGCGUGCUCGCAGUGCAGCUUCCGGUCGGCGGCCGCGUCGUCGCUGCGGCGCCACCAGCGCAGGCACAGCGGCUCGCGGAAGUACGUCUGCACGCACUGUAGGAAGGGCUUCUACGAUGCCAGCGGACUGGCCCGCCACACGCGCACGCACACAGGCGAGCUGCCGUACAAGUGCCCGGGCUGCGCGCGCGCGUUCGCCGACAGCUGGAAGCGGAAGACGCACCUCAUGCGCGCGCACCGCCUCGCGCUCGCCGACAUCCCGCGCAUGCGCACCGACGGCACGAGGCUAGGCGCGUAGGCGCGACGCUCCCAGUCGGACUCCUCGACAUUGUGGCGACAUCUAUCGCGCGACAUACGAACUACGGAACUAAGAACUGACGUCAAAAUUAAAGUUAUCCGAAGGUUUAACAUAUAUACAAGAACACGACAACAACCGUCGGGGCAGUAGCCCACCAGACUCAACACCCGUCUGGUCGGAGGAUCCUCCUUUUUCAAUGGGCGAUGAGGAACUUCAUACCCCGUUCCUCGCACCCCUAAAAGGUGAACUUAUUGGAAUGUACUCCUUAAUUAACAAGAUCAAAGAUCAAGAUCUGUGAAACGACGGCUACUUUUGUUUAUUAUUUUUUUUUUAUUUUAUUUUUUGUGACGUUAUACCGCGUAACUAGAGGUUAAUAAAUUUUAGAUAUUACUUUAAUCGUACUUAAACUUCAGUUGCGUAUGCUUUAAUGUCUUUGUAAAAUAAAAUCAAAUAAAAAUUGAAUGUGGUUAAAUUAACAAUGAAUAGUUAUGAAUUGUGAUGAGUCUAUUUCAAAAAGUUGUCAUAAUUAUGAGUUGUAAAAUUACAAACCAAACAAUAAACCAAAGAAAUAUGUAUGACUCAACAAUUUA